UGGAAGGUAAGGAGGCCUGAGCCUUGGCAGAGGCCUUGGCAGCAUCCGUGGCAUGGCCCGGUACUGCCUGUGCCCAGGCGAGCAGUGACAGGUGGUACUAGAGCCUGGCACGGCGGGGCUCCAGGCCUGGAUCAGGCACCAAGAGUGACAGGGAGCCCUGAGCCUAGGGCAAGGGCCCGGCUUCCUCUGCGGCUGUCCAGGGUGCAGGGCCGGGGACUCCAGCUGGGAGGCCCCACUCCUCUUCUCAGGAAAUCGCCCUUGGCCUGGGAGCGAGAGUCCUGGGCAUGCAGCUUGGAUCUGGUGCCCGGGGAUUGGCACUGAUGGUCCUGGUGUCCAGAGGCAGGGCCCCUCUGGAGAUGGGCGGGCAGCCCUACAGCUGGGUACACUGUUCCCGACAUUCUGCCUGGGAGGGCCAGGGCCUCUCAGCUGGGAGGGCCCAGGAGAGCGUCCCCGGGAUGGAGGCAGCCCCAGAGCCUCCUCUGCGGCUCCUCACGGUCAGAGCAGCAGGUGCCAUCCCUGGCCAGGCGUCCGGCCAGCUGUGUCUGAGGGAAUCUCCCCAGGAGCUCUGAUCACAGAGGGAAGCCUGAGGCUCAGACAGGCCAAAAAGCUGGCCCCAAGUCACACAGCAGAGGGGACCCAGCCCUGGGAGCAACAGGCUCCGAGGUCCAGAGGGCAAGGGUCAGCUCCCACCCAUGUUCCUCCAGAGACCCGCAGACAGCGAAUGUGGAGGCCCUGGCAGGUGGGGACCCCUGGCCCUGGGUUCUGGGCUGGGCUGGUGGUGCGGCUGACCCGCAGUGGGGAGUCCAGCCCCUCAGCUCUGAUUUCAUUUAUCCUUCUUUUCUCAUGUUCCCCCUUCCUUCCUUCCUUCUUCCUUCCUUUCUCCCCCAGCUCUGGUUUCGGGGCCCAGCAUGCAGCCCGCUCUCCUGGUGCCCUGGGCUCUGUGCUCAUCCCUGGCGCGGAGGAGGCUGUGACUUCGUGGUCCCCAGGACUCCUGGAGGGGGAGUCCCCUUCCCGCUGCCGGAAGCUGUGGACCUGCAGGGGAGGGAAGGCAUCCGGCGGCUGGCGAGAAGGGAAGGAACAGCCAGGCUCCGCUUCCCGGGGUUGGUGGCUUCCCAGCUCCUGGGACGGAAGAGAGGCAAGGCGGAAGUGCUGGCCCACGACUCCUGCGGAGGGGAGGGGAUUGCAGGCUCACGCGCCACAGCAGGGGCUGACACCAUCCGCAGCGCUGGGGAGCCCCCAGACAGAGCAGGGCCUCCCUCCUGCCCUGUGUCUGCCUCUGCCCCCACACGGUCCCCGAGAGACCUUUGCAAGAACAAGCAUGCACGGAGAGAUACAGUGCCUGAUGCCUGAGGUUCCCUCUUGCCACGCCCCGGGGUGGAGGACGGGCGUGGCCAGCUUCGUGCUCAGCCCUGAGAAAACACAAGGAGGAGCCAGUACCAUACUGGGCCUGUGCCAGGUGGGGCUUGAGAACCGGGCUCCACAGCGGGGCGGGGGACGACGACGACACUGUCUGCCAGGGGGCCGUGCCCAGCCCGACCCACACGGCCUUGACGUGCAAACCCCAGGUGUGCUCUGUGCUAACGUCCUCAGCUCCCCAGAAAGAACCAGAGUAAGGGUGCUGCUCCAGGGCCCGGCCUGCUUGGGUUCCAGCACUAGGUUUCCGGUGGGAGGGCUGCUAGGCCCCUGUGCCCCAGCUACGCCCCACCCCCGGGCUCCCGGUUCCAGCUUGGGGCACCCCGGGUUCAGCCUCUCUGGUCUCCUCGGACCGCUGGGCACACUAAUGCACAGACUCCGGGCUCCAGAGUGAGGCUGUCCCUUCCCGCAGGACUCGACCAGGGUCAGGCUACUAAGUGCUCAGCUGUGGAGCGGUGCAUCCAUUAUCCGCCCAUCCCUGCCGCUCUCUGCCGCCCACACCCUCUGUCCUCAGGGCCGCAGCUUCUCCACGUUUCCAGGAGUGGGCAGGGCCCUGCCCCUCACAGGGCCCAGAGGGUGGGUGGGAGAGCUGGGGCCCCGUUCAGGCAGGGGUCAGGGUGGGAUCAGGCCUGAGUACUUGGCACACAGCCCGGGCACCAUCUGCCCUUCCGCAGACCCUGGGAGACAGGGGCUCCCCAGGGCACCACCUGGCCCGAGGCUGGGUGGCUGCUGCCAAGAGCUGGAAGAAGCCCGAGCCAAGGUCAAGAACGUUCCCAGGGCUUCCCAGCCAGUAGCCAAGGGAGGGACGCCGGGCGUGGGCAGGGGGCAGCGGCUGUGAGCCAGGCUCAGGCAGGGCGGCUCUGAGAAGGCUCCUAGGCAGGAAGGGUGGGCAGUAGCACCUCCGGCCCAGGAGCUGGAAAGCCCCUGUCACACAUGUGGGGCGGGCACAGGCUGACCCGGGCUUGAGCACAGCACCGGCCGUGUGGCGGCCACCCUGCGUGAUGUGGGCUGCUCAGCAGGAUUGCUGACCUCUCACCAGCAGAUGCCAUAGCACCCAGCUGCCGUAGCACAAAUGUCCCCGUCUGCCUGUGGAAUGUCCCCUGUGCCCCACUGACCACCGGGGUGCUGUGUCCUCACUCCUUGCUGAGCCCAGCUCUGGCUCCGCCCACUGUCACCUUUCUCCUCCGUCCCCCCAGAUGGGGACAGCCCCACUCUGCCACCCCCUGGUCCCCAAGAACACUUGGGCCCCCCAUCUGUCCUCCACUGCCCCACUGGCUUAUUGCUUGGCUUUGGAAUGGGGGUUUCUUGUUUGUUCUGUUGCUUUGGUUUGGGGGCUUCCCGUGCUAGGAACGAACUCUGAGCCCCGAGUGUGCCAGGCAAGCCGCUGAGCUCACCCGCAGCCCUGAGCUGGUCUGGGGGGCAAGAGAGAAACUCUACUCAGCGUCACCUUUGAGAAUGUUCUUCUCAUUCGCCUGCGUUUCCCCUAUCACACGGACAUGACUGAUUGAUUGACUGAUUGAUAACUGAUUUUUGCGGUACUGAGGGUUGAACCUGGAGGCAUUCCACCACUGGGCCAGUCCCCAGCCUCUUUCUUCUCUCCGCUUCUGUUUCUUCUUCUCCACCCCCUCUUCCUCUUUUUGAGACAGGAUCUCAAUGAGUUGUCCAUCCUAGAUUUGAAUUUACAUUCGAUCCUCCUGCCCCAGCCUCCUGAGUGUCUGGGAUUAGGUAUGCACAGUCACAUCUGCUAUUUACUUUUUAAAUUUCAUUUUGAUUAGUUACAAAUAACCACUGGCCUGGUCAGAAAACUAAAGCCAGUGGGCCAAGUGGCGUGCUGUUUUCAUUAAUAAAAUUUUAUUAGAACACAUUUGGGCUGGCUUAACAUAUUGUCAACACUAUGCUGGCACAGUAGAGCAGCUGAGAUGGCACCAGAGGACUUGGAAACCCUCACAUUAGGGCCAGCAUCCACGAGGCCCUGCCCUAGGAUUCUUCAAAGCCCCUAAAGGACCCACAUGGUGGCACAUCUCUCUCGUGCCAUCUUGGAAUGAUUUUUGCUCAAGAAUCCCAUUGUUUUGCUUUUUUGAGACAGGGUCUCACUACAUAGCCCAGCCCAGCCUCCAACUUGCAGUGAUCCUCCUGC